AUGGAGCGUGAGUAUUCGGAAGUGAUCGAAGAGUUGCGACGAGCAUUGCGUUUGGGUGAACGCAUUGAUGAAUCUGUUUUAAUCGAGGGUAUUAGAUAUUUAGAGAAUGCUCUUUCAUCGAUAUUGUCGCGAUCCAAAAAACACAAGUAUCAAUCGCAACUCAGCCAUCUGCUUAGCAUUCGUGCACGAUACGAGAAACGCGGUUCGGGUCUAAGUGACGACGAGCUGCGCAUCAAGUGGGAAGAUGUCAAAUCAGCGUUUUCGUGUCGCAUUCGAACCGGUCAAAUCGUCAAUUUCAAGCACAAAGAUGCUGCAGCUUUCCUAGAAGAUGCCUUCACUAUAUUUGUGGAACGGAUCAAUGAGGCACUCGACAAACACUCAAUGAUCAAAGUCAAUGCAGAGCUAGCAGCAGAAUAUAUGACAUUGAACAAAGAUGGGGAGUUCAUUUUUGGUGACAAAUAUUUUAAUACUAAAAAUGAGCAUAUAUCGCAAUCAACGGAUUUGGGAGAAUGGUUUACCUCGAAUGUUCAAGAGCCCAUUCUCAAGCAAAUGGAGGAGUUUGAAGAGGAAGGCUCAGGCUGGGCUUUGAGCAAAAUACUACAUUUAUUAGUUAAUAUUAAUAAGUACAACCCCUCAAGAGUGGGCUCCUACAUUCCACUUCCAGAUACCAUUGCCAAGAAGGAAGCUUGUGUGAAUGUCAAAAACUUUGAUGAUUUUUGCUUCAAGUGGGCAAUACUAGCAGCAUUAUAUUCGGGGAAAAGAAAGAAUAAAGAUCGAGUAGAACAAUACAAAAAGUUUGAAAAUGAAUUGAACUUUAGCGGGAUCGAGUUUCCGAUGAAAUUAAAAGACGAAAAGCACGUUCACCUUCUCAUGAUUCAAGACCGCUACGACGAUGAAGACUCUCCAGGAGAUGACGAUGAGUAUAUUCCAAUCAACUAUCACUACGUUUGGAUAAAAAAUUUGUCAAGAUUGGUCAGUUCGCAAUUAUCCAAUCAUCAUGGAAAAAAAUAUAUUUGUGAUAGAUGUUUGCAUUACUUCCAUUCGAGUGAUAAAUUGACGAGCCACGAAGAAGAUUGUUCCAGCAUAAAUAAAUGCAAAGUGCUGCUACCCAACAAGAACAAUAACAAGCUGACAUUUAUGAACUAUUCUAAAAAAGAGUGGGUGCCUUUUGUUAUAUAUGCCGAUUUCGAGUGUGUGCUGAAGCCUGUGGCCGAGGCAAGAGCCUACAGUGUGCACGAAGCCUUUAGUUGCGGUCUCUAUUUAAAAUGUAAUUUCGACGAUGUGCUAUCGGAAUAUAGGUGCUAUAGAAAAGUGAAUGAUGAUGAUAUGAGCCCGUCCGAAUGGUUUGCCCAAAAUCUUCAAGAUAUCGCCGACAAGGUACUUGAAUUUUUCGACAAUCCAAAGCCAAUGUGUUUUACCAGCGUGGAAAAAGUAAAAUUCGAAAAAGCCGAAAUUUGUCACAUUUGCAAGCGGGGAUUUACAGAAAAAGAUAUCAAAGUUCGCGACCAUUCGCAUUUUACGGGUGAAUAUCGAGGCGCAGCUCAUAGUAAGUGCAACAUCAACUACAGAGACGUGAGAUUCGUGCCUGUGAUCUUCCAUAACCUAAGCGGAUACGAUUCGCAUCUUUUUAUUCGCGAAGUAGCUACGGGAUUUCCAGGUCGAGUCUGGGUUCUACCUCAGACCAAGGAGCGAUACAUCUCCUUCGUGAAAUUCAUGGAGGAUCAGAGAUUAUCUUUUCGUUUCAUCGACUCGUUCAAGUUCAUGGCAUCAUCACUGGACAAAUUGGCCAAAAACUUGAAGCAACAACCCACUCUAAGAAAAGUUUUUGGCCAGGAUUACAACGGCGCACAAAUCGAUCUUCUCACGAAAAAAGGAGUGUUUCCAUACGAGUACAUCUCAUCGCUCGAGAAGCUCCAAGAGACAGCACUACCACCACCCGAACAGUUUUACAGCUCUCUCACGGACAGCGAUAUUUCUACCAAAGAUUACGAGCACGCGAAGGAAGUGUGGGACUCCUUUAAAAUUUCCAAUCUUGGUGAAUAUUCGGAUCUUUACCUCAAAACGGAUGUGAUAUUACUCGUAGAGGUCUUUGAGAACUUUCGAAAAACAUGUCACGAGGCUUAUGAACUAGAUCCAGCGCACUAUUAUACAUUACCAGGCUAUUCUUGGGAUGCAAUGCUCUUGUACACCCAAGUCGAGCUAGAAUUACUCACAGACGUAGACAUGUUGCUAUUUGUCGAGAAAGGAAUUCGCGGUGGGGUCUCGCAAUGCUGUAGCAGGUAUAGCGAGGCCAACAACAGGUACAUGGGCGAGGAUUACAAUCCUGAGAAAGAGGACGUAUACCUGAUGUACUAUGAUAUAAAUAACUUGUACGGUUGGGCAAUGGCUCAGAAUCUACCAUACGGAGGCUUUGAAUGGUCCGAUGCCAAAGAUUAUCACGCAUUGUCCGAAGAUUCAGAGUACGGAUACAUCCUCGAGGUGGACCUGGAAUAUCCCGAAUCAUUACACGACUCGCACAAGGAUUUGCCACUAUGUCCCGAGCACGCCUGCCCACCGGGCUCGAAACAGCGCAAACUCUUGACCACGCUGAAUCGCAAGCACAAGUAUGUCAUUCACUACAGGAGUCUACAGCAGGCAGUUCGACUCGGUGUUCGAGUCACAAAAGUCCAUCGAGCAUUGAAAUUUAAACAGGGACCCUGGCUCAAGUCUUACAUCGACUUGAACACCGAGAAGAGAAAAAAUAGCAAUAAUGACUUCGAGAAACAACAAUACAAGCUCUGCAAUAACGCCAUAUUUGGAAAAACUAUGGAAAACGUCAGAAAAAGAAUCGAUGUCAAGCUUGUUUCAAGCUGGGAUGGACGUUACGAAGCAGAAGCUCAAAUCUCGAAGCCAAAUUUUCACAGCCGAGCGAUCUUUGACGAAAACCUGGUCGCAAUCCAGCUUUCAAAGACAACAGUCACCAUUGAUAAACCCGUAUACGUUGGAUUCAGCAUAUUAGAUAUAUCAAAGACACAACUCUAUCGCUUCCACUACGAUUUUAUGCGCGAUCGUUUUGGAAGCAAUUGCAAAGUCUUGUACACCGACACCGAUAGCUUGGUGUACGAGAUACGGGGCCAAAACGUAUACGAGGUUAUGAAGCAUAAGGAUAAUAUCAAUGAGUUUGAUACAUUUGACUACGAGAAAGACAAUCCAUUCGGAAUGCCAUUACUUCGGGAAAACUCCAAGAAGAUUGGACUUAUGAAGGAUGAACUUUGCGGAAAAAUACUGCGGCGGUUUUGCGGCCUGCGCAGUAAAAUGUACAGCGUCGAUAUUCAAAAUGGUGGUGUCAUCAAAAAGAUCAAAGGUAUCAAGUCAUCGGUGGUAAAGAAUACCAUUACCUUUGACGACUACCUGCAGUGCUUGAGAGAGAAUACAAUCAUCUCGAGGGAGCAGCACAACAUUCGCUCGCGCCUCCACGUUCUGCGAUCCGAGAAGGAGAAGAAGAUCGCACUCAGUCCUCAUGAUGACAAACGAUACCUAGUACCAGGGACCUUCGACACUCUGCCGUGGGGCCACAAAGACAUCGCUAGCGAGCCUCCAGCCAAGAAGCCAAAGUAUAAUUAA